AUGUCGUUGCAUCAAAGAGCCAUCGUACAGAUUUUGCUUGCAAUUUCUCUCCUUUUGAACCAUUAUGAAGUUGAAGCAGAACAGGGGUUGUCUAAACUAGAGGACUUAGAGUUAGAGAAGCAACUAAAGCUUCUUAAUAAGCCAGCAAUCAAGACUAUUAAGGGCAAAUAUGGAGAACUAUAUGAUUGUGUAGACUUUUACAAACAACCUGCAAUCGACCAUCCUCUGUUGAAGAAUCAUAAUUUUCAUCCCCAGAUGAAACCUAUGUUAUCCAUGUCGCAAAGAGAUGACAUUUCUUCAAACAUUAAUAAACCUUUUAACAUAGAGUUAGAAGACGGAGGUUGUCCUAUUGGAACAGUUCCUAUUAGAAGAACUACAAAAGACGACCUAAUAAGACGGAGACUUACAUCGCAAAUGAGAGGGGGAGAUGAUUCUCCUGAUGGUGAUGGUAUUGUUUCCGAGGGAACCAAACCGUUUGGAGGAGGCUACAAGUUUGCAUCUGUACAAAUCCCAUACAGUCCAAGAAACAAAAUGGCAGGAGCAGGAGCAAUUAUUAGUUUGCAUAAUCCUCAAAAUCUUAGUGGGCAUCAACAUAGCGGAGGUCGUAUAAAAGUUCAGAAUGGGAAUGACAGCAUACAAGUUGGCUGGACUGUGAACCCACCCGUCUAUGGGGACACUCAUACACGACUAUACACAUAUUUUACGGUUUUAUACAAAUAAACACUGCAAUACCUUUAGAUGGGCAACUUCCAGGUUCUUCUUAUGGUGGACCUGUUUUUGAUGUACCGAUGUAUAUUGCUCGGGACAUGUCAAAUGGAAAUUGGUGGUUUUAUUUUGGAACAGCAGCAGUUGGAUUUUGGCCUGCAAAAAUAUUUACUAGCUUAAAGGGAUUUGCAACAAGUGCUGAAUAUGGAGGAGUUGUGUACAGUCCUCCUGGAGUUCCAGAACCACCAAUGGGCAGUGGCUAUUUUCCUAUUGGAGACCUUAAAAAAGAUGCAUAUUGUAAGAAGUGUACAUUCUUGACAGAUAAAAAUCAAACUAUGUCUUUAGAUGAACUUUUAGUGAAAUUAUAUGCAAACAGUCCAAACUUAUAUAGGGUGACUGAUUAUCCAAACUCUGGGGUUGUAACUGGGAAUUUAGUGUCAUAUGGAGGACCAGGUGAAGAAUAAUAGCUUAUGUUUUUAUUUUUAAGUACUCGAUGUUAUUUAAACUUAUAGCAUUUACAAUAAAAUCUAUUUAUUUA